CCCUUCAAACUAUCCCAAAUUCACAAUACCUAAAGCUAAACCACAAUACCACCACCAACAACGACAACAACAAAAACCUCUUCUUCUUCUUCUUCUUCUUUCCAUAUUUCCAUUACUUCUUUUUAGUCAAAACUCAGAGGCACAACUCGUUAUCUUUCUCUCUCUAAACAUGGACGGAAACUCAUCCACAGACGAGAGCACAACCACCGAAUCCUUCACUCUAUCCGCCUCUCCCGCCGCCACUCCGACGCCGUUCAAGUCCCCUCCAGCGGCGGAGAGCACUCUCUGCCGCGUCGGGAGCGGCGCGAGCAGCGUCGUCGUCGACUCGGAGAUGAUCACCAACGCCAUCAACGGCGGCGCAGACGCCGAAUCCGGCCGUAAACUCCCUUCCUCCAAGUACAAGGGCGUGGUCCCACAGCCGAACGGGCGGUGGGGGGCCCAGAUUUACGAGAAGCACCAGCGCGUGUGGCUCGGCACCUUCAACGAGGAGGACGAGGCCGCCAGGGCCUACGACGUAGCCGCCCAGCGCUUCCGCGGCCGCGACGCCGUCACCAACUUCAAGCCUCUCUCGGAAACCACCGAAGAAGAUGAAAUCGAAUCCGUCUUUCUCAACUCCCAUUCCAAGGCCGAGAUCGUCGACAUGCUCAGGAAACACACUUACAACGACGAGUUGGAGCAAAGCAAGAGAAACAGCUUCGGAAUCGACGGGAAUGGGAAUCGAAAACCGUCCCGGACCGGGCUGCUAUUCGGUUCGGAUUUAACCGCUUCGAUGGCGCGUGAGCAGCUCUUCGAGAAGGCGGUUACGCCGAGCGACGUCGGGAAGCUGAACCGGCUGGUGAUCCCGAAGCAGCACGCGGAGAAGCACUUCCCCUUGCAGAGCGCCAACACCUGCAAGGGCGUUUUGUUGAAUUUCGAGGAUGUCGGAGGGAAGGUCUGGCGAUUUCGAUACUCGUACUGGAAUAGUAGCCAGAGCUAUGUGUUGACAAAGGGUUGGAGCCGGUUCGUUAAGGAGAAGAGCUUGAAAGCCGGUGACAUUGUCAGCUUCCAGCGCUCAACCGGACCGGAUAAGCAGCUUUACAUUGAUUGGAAGGCUAGGGAUGUUGAUAGCGGGUCAGCGGGCGGGGCGGUCGGACCGGUUCAGAUGGUUAGGCUUUUUGGGGUCAACAUUUUUAAAUUACCUGGGAGUGAGAUGGUGGAAGGGAUUGGGAUUGGGAUUGGUGGGGGUUGCAAUGGGAAGAGAACAAGGGACAUGGAAUUGUUGGAAUUAGAGUGUAGUAAGAAGCCGAGGAUAAUAGGAGCCUUGUAAUAUUGAAACUCAAACAACUUUUGUUUUUUUGUUUUUUUUGUUUUGUUUUUGGGUCUAUUUUUGUAAUUUUCGGCGUUUUGUGAAUGGGGGAAAAUAGGAGAUAGGAGUUGGGGGGAAAGGGCAUGGUGUAGUUGCAAGUUGGCUAAAGGUGAAUUGUAUAUUAUGUGACAAAAGGAAACAAAACAAAACAAGAAAAAAAAAAAGGGAAAAAACUGAAAAUAUUAACUUCAACAGUGUUUAUUUUUUCUUUUUAAUUUUUAUAAAGAUUGUUCAGAAAGGAUAACUGUCAA